AUGCAUGUGUUCAUUGUAGAUUCUUCCUGCCUGGCUAAAUUCUCCUUAGACACAAGCUGUUCUCUGCAUUUGCAAUUCCAUACCAUCAGUUUCGGGAUACUGCCUCCUUGCUACCCUACUAAAUCUGGAAAAUCAGCUUCUUCACUUGGCUUUCCCACAUCAACUGAAGUUGAAGCCCAAGAAACACAAGUUCUCAUCAAAUCCCAUAGUUUUGCCUCUAAAGAAGAACUAACUAUUUCAACAGUAUCAAAUAUGGGAGCCUUGGGGCCUGAAGAGGUUACACAGGAGAUGAGAAUAAAGGUACCUAAUGGAUUUAGAAGGUUGUUACUCAGAGAAAUUACCCUGCAUUAUUCAGGUGUGCCCAAUGAAAUUUCAGAGGUCUUGGCAGAAAAUAUCACACUGGUCACUGAGUUCCUGCUGCUGGGUUUUUCAAGCCUUGGGGAAAUCCAGCUCGCCCUCUUUGUGGUUUUCCUCUUGCUCUACUUAGUUAUUCUUAGUGGCAAUGUCACAAUUAUCAGCGUUAUCCACUUGGAUCAGAACCUCCACACCCCAAUGUACUUCUUUCUAGGCAUCCUCUCCACAUCAGAGACCUUCUAUACCUUUGUCAUCCUCCCUAAGAUGCUCCUCAAUCUCCUUUCUGUGGCCAGGACAAUCUCCUUCACUUGCUGUGCACUCCAAAUGUUCUUUUUCCUUGGCUUUGCUAUUACCAACUGUCUACUCCUGGGUGUGAUGGGCUAUGACCAGUAUGCUGCCAUUUGCCAGCCUCUACACUACCCCAUCCUCAUGAACUGGAGGACAUGUGGAAAGUUAGCGGCAGCCUGUGGGAUUGGAGGCUUUUUGGCCUCUUUCAUAGUCGUGAACCUUGUUUUCAGCCUACCUUUCUGCAGCGCCAAUGAGGUGAACCAUUAUUUCUGUGACAUCUCACCAGUUAUCCGCCUGGCUUGUACCAGCUCAGACUCACAUGAGUUGGUCAUAUUCAUCUGUGGGGUCCUUGUGCUAGUGGUCCCAUUUCUGUUCAUCUGUGUGUCCUAUUUCUGCAUUGUGAGGACCAUCCUAAAGAUCCCCUCUGCAGAAGGCAAGCGCAAAGCCUUCUCCACCUGUGCCUCCCACCUCACUGUGGUCAUCAUCCACUAUGGCUGUGCUUCCUAUAUCUACCUGAGGCCCACGGCCAACUACGUGUCCAAUAGGGAUAGACUGGUGACAGUCACGUACACCAUUGUCACUCCAUUAUUAAACCCCAUGGUCUACAGUCUCAGAAACAAGGAUGUUCAAGUUGCUAUCAGGAAAGUAUUGGGGAAGAAAGCAUCUCUCAAAUUAUAUAAUUGA